GCCGUGACAGAUCGGUUCUGACACGCUUCCAUACCACGCGGCCGUGGCUGGAGGUGACUCACAUCCUUCCCGGUCCCUUCCCGCUGCAGGACAGCACAACGACGCGCGGAUGAACCUCGCCAUCGCCCUCACCGCUGCCAGGUACGGCGCUGCCACCGCCAAUUACACUGAAGUGCUGCGCCUGCUGAAGAGGACGGAGCCGGGCAGCGGCAAGCAGCGCGUGUGCGGGGCACGCUGCAGGGACGUGCUCACAGGGCAGGAAUUUGAUGUCAAAGCCAAAUGUGUUAUCAAUGCUACAGGACCUUUCACAGACUCGGUGCGCAAAAUGGAUGAUCAGGAAGUACCCAACAUCUGUCAGCCCAGUGCGGGCGUGCACAUCGUGAUGCCAGGUUAUUACAGCCCUGAUAACAUGGGUCUGCUCGACCCAGCCACCAGCGACGGCAGAGUGAUUUUCUUCCUGCCCUGGGAGAAGAUGACGAUUGCAGGGACCACAGACAGCCCCACCGAUGUCACCUCCCAUCCCAUACCGACAGAAGAAGAUAUCAACUUCAUUCUGAGUGAAGUGCGCAACUACCUUAGUGUUGAUGUUGAAGUGAGAAGAGGAGACGUGUUGGCAGCCUGGAGUGGCAUUCGUCCUCUGGUCACCGACCCCAACUCCAAAGACACGCAGUCAAUAUGCCGGAACCACGUUGUUGCUGUUAGUGACAGUGGCCUUGUCACCAUAGCAGGUGGGAAGUGGACAACGUACCGUGCCAUGGCUCAGGAUACCAUUGAUGCUGCUAUUCAGGCACACAAUCUGCCUGCGGGUUCCAGUAAGACGAUUGGGCUGCUGCUCCAGGGGGCUGAGGACUGGAGCCCCACGCUCUACAUUAGGUUGGUCCAGGACUAUGGACUUGAAAGCGAGGUGGCGCAACAUCUGGCUUCUACAUAUGGUGACAAGGCUUUCGAGGUGGCCAAAAUAGCCCAAGUUACAGGAAAGAGAUGGCCUAUUGUUGGAAAACGUCUUGUGUCUGAAUUUCCUUAUAUCGAAGCUGAGGUCAUCUAUGGUGUGAAGGAGUAUGCCCGCACUGCUGUGGAUAUCGUUUCCCGGCGGACUCGCUUGGCCUUCCUGAACGUGCAGGCUGCUGAGGAAGCUCUGCCAAGGAUCGUAGACAUAAUGGGGAAGGAACUUAACUGGAACGAGCAGAAAAAAAAGGAAGAACUUGAAGCUGCAAGAAAAUUUCUGUAUUAUGAAAUGGGCUACAAAGUAAAAUCUGACCAAUUAACAGACAGCUCUGAAAUCACUCUAGUGCCUUCAGAUAUUGAAAGGUACAAGAAGCGAUUCCACAUGUUUGACAAGGACAAGAAGGGGUUUAUUACUAUACUGGAUGUGCAGCGUGUCUUGGAGGUAAAGUUUCCUUCUGCUUUUUUUUUUUUUUUUAAUUUGUUCACUGUGUGCACAAGAUGUUGA